AGGCAGGAACAUGGCAUUUUGAAGUUUGAAUUAUUAAUGUAAAUUUCUCUGACUUGUUUUGAUAAAAAAUUAUAUAACUGUUAUAAAUGAUUUAAUCUAAUUCACAUUUGACAUAAUGUAAUUUAAAUUAUCAGGUAUCAAAGUGACUCGUUUAAAGGCUGUCUUCCUUUUAAAAAAUGCGGGAACAUUUGUAUGCUCUGGGAGUUUCCCUUAUCGAAAUUAUCCAGUACUGGUUUGUUGAAUGGGAGCCAUUUUUUGAACAAGUCAACAGUUUUUACAAUCCCGGUAACGUGUUGGAGGUGCUGUUUCCAGUUGUGGCGUUUAUAGACUCAGUGUUUGCGUCACAGUUGCUCCUAGUAACAUCCUUUGGUGGCUGUCUAAAUGGUAUCUUAAAAUGGUGGCUAUUAGAAGACCGGCCAUACUGGUGGGUUCGCGAGACGACUUACUAUACUGGGACAGCCCGCCCCAAACUGUACCAGACUGCCCAGACCUGUGAGACUGGUCCUGGCUGUCCGUCUGGUCACACAGCUACGGCAGCCUCUAUUCUGAUAUUAGCUAUUAUGUGGAUAUCACAUAUCCUUAAUGACAGAAAAUGGAAGUUUGAGUAUUGGAAAUACCUAGUGUAUCCUAUAUUCGCGAGCCAAAUGCUGAGCGUUAUGCUCGCGCGUAUGUACGUCGCGACGCACUUCCCGCACCAGUGUCUGUUGGGGGCCUUAAUCGGUGCCUUCAUAGCCCCCGCCCUGUGUCUGUACGUGGCGGACCCCUACAUCUGGCAUUACGGACAUUACAGCACACAGACGACGUCCAGUUCUAUCAAGAAGCACCUGAUUGUGGCACUCCUGACCGCAGCCGUCUGUGUCCUCACGUACUUCGGUCUGAUGCUGAGUGGCAUCGACCCACACGCCACUGUUAAAUUAGCGUUCCGUUGGUGUGAGAACCCCGACUCCAUCCACGUGUCCACAACUCCGCUAUACGCGCUGGUCCAGUGUUCUUCCACGCUCAUUGGUUGGGCGUUGUUCGUGUCCCCUGCAGUCGCCAAAUAUCGCCAUGACACAUACAACAGAUCCUUCAUUCUGGCGGCGUUCUCGACCAUUCUAAUAACAUACGGCUUUCACUAUAUUGAUAAUAUAAUUCCCAAAGACAGCGUAUUAAAAUUCUACGCUUUUAAUUCUAUUUUGAGCUGUUUAAAACCGCUGCUUUUUUUGCGUGUUGUACCUCAGGUCGCCAUGUGGCCAUUUAGAAAUAAAUCCAAAUAGAAGCAUUUUUGUGAUAUAAAAAUAGAACAAUUUAAUUUAUUAUGAUACAAGUGAGAUAAGUUGCUCAUUAUAUACGAGGCUGUGGCUUGCAGCUCGAGGCGUAGGCGAGGGCGUAAAUCAGCCGAGUGUCUUGUGAGCAACUUGCUCACGAGUUUCAUACGCAAUUUUUCAACACACUUGUGAGUAAAAAACAAGCAUUGCAUUAAUUGUUUAAUUAUUAAAUACGAAUAUUAAGAUAAAUGGCGCGCAUUUUUUUUACACGCGCCAAAUUUAAGUUGAUUGAUUAUAUACAGCCAUACAGCCUCCUUCAUAAUUAUCAUUAAAAUGCAUAUAAUUUAUAACAAAUUAUUGUGAAUUAUACAUAAUUUGAUAACAAUAAAUGUGUUUUCGUCCUAAUAUACAUUUUUAGAAUAUUUAUUAAUACGGCGUACCUCAAGUUUUUGUCGGUGUCGGUACCGACUAGUUUCGGAACAUUCGGAGGUCCUUCAUCAGGGUGAGUGGUGGAUUCGCGAUAAUGUCCCACCUCUUACUGCGGACUUGGGCUCGUAGUCUGGCGGCUGGACAGGGCGGGGCGCGGGGUGCGCCGGUCAUAACGAGCACGGUAUUCAUGACACUGUAUCACUAUGGGUGUCCACAGUAAGAGGUGGGACGUUAUCGCGAACCCACCACUCUCACCCCUGAUGAAGGACCUCCGAAUGGUCCGACACCGACAAAAACGUGAGUAAAGCCGUAUUAAUAAAUAAAUGUGUGCCUAACAUUUAUUUAUUCUCAAAAUGUAAAUUGCUUUUUAGUAUAAAACCUCUUUGUUGUUUCAAAAGAAAAACUGUAUUUAAAUCCGUUUAAAUUGCUAUAAAAUGCUCUGUUUGCUCUCUUAUAAUUUGCAGUUAAGUACUAACUUAUCGGGAUAAUUCUAUCACGAACUAGUGUGUAAUAUUCUUAUGCACGCGCGAGUUAUAGUUCAGUUUACGGUCCUAACAACGAUGUAAUAAGGCUCACUUUACGAGCAAGUGUGUUGAAAUAGUUAUUUAUCUACCCAUAAUAUGAAUCCUCUAUAAAAGAUUCUGAAACAGCUUACUGCUAACAUUAAAAAAGGCAGUCCUAGUAACCAUUACAUCACCCAAACGAGUGUUGUAAUGUUGUACUGCAUUUCAUUACAACACUCGUUUAGAUUAUGUAAUGGUUAUUAGGACAUUGUUUUAAUGUUUCCAAUAAGCCAACUGUUUUAGAAUCUUUAAUAGAAGAUUUAAAGCAUGGGUGUAGAUAAAAUGUAUUUGUUGCACUCGCGAGCACAGAUGGAGGGUUUGAUUCUCGUGGCUUUUAGUUAUAAUAAAACAAUUUAAUAUAUUUAAGAUUCUUCGUUGCGACUUGCCAGUAGCCUUGCUAGUAAUUUCCGUAGCAUCAAUCUACGGAAUUUCGAGAAUUUUUUAAAUCGUUACAUCAGUUCCAAAAUGUACCAAGUCUGAAAUACAUUAAGUUUGAGAGAAGAAUGAGAAAUUGUUCCAGAAACGACAACCCACCAUUACCGCAGACAAAGAAGUCGGUAAGUGAAUGCAGUUUAGUUGUUUCAUCAAAUAGUUGUUAUGCCGGAGCUGGCAAAUGACAUACAUUUUUGUAGUUUUUGUAUCUUUGAAUCUUAGACCAUUUAUACGUCUAUAUUAGACUAUGACAGCUGUGAAAACGUCGAAAAAGAAUGAGUCGCAAUGCACAUACACUAACACAAAGUGUCAUAGAAAUCUCGAGUGUAAGACUUAGCUUGUCACGCACACUAAAGUAAUAAACCUGGCCUGUUUUCAUCGGUUGUCAAGCAGAGACUAUCUAGACGUAUAGAUUCUCUAAGCCUUACAGCUUUAACUUAUAACGCAUUUAAUUGAAAAGUAAAGUUAAAUAUUGUAUAUAUUAUGUUGUUUAUGAUGAGUUCUUCAGUGAGUGAUAAUAAUAAAUAUGUUUUAUAAA